AAGAAAAGUGCUGCGUGCUGUUUGAUGGUCGUUGGAGGGACGAUCCGAGGUCGUCUAUCUCCCCCAGUGUUACUUCUCAAUCCAUCUCUCUGUCCUAUUCAUACCACCUUCCUAUUCAAUAGCCUCCGUGUCCGCCCUCUCCCAGCCUUACGAUUCCCUCGAUCGCUUUCCUGGGUGUUGUUCCCCGCCGUAGAAGCUCCAGUUGUUCGAUCAAUAUUCUCUUCGCCCAUACCCACUGAUAUCGAAUCCAAUCACUUUGAGCGCCAACUAGGAGAAACACAGCUGGGUGGGGAACGUUGUCGCUCCUGGAGCCUGGACAUGACGGUAGAUGGUCAGCGUGGCGCACGCGGCGCAGUGCACGACUGAGUAUCUUGCGCCAUGCCAGGCGUCGUCGAAACCCCAGCUGGGCCGGUCAGGCCAGAGCUGGGAUUUACCGUCGCGCAUCAGAAGGUCGAGCUAGAGAUUGAUUUUGCGACCAAAAGCCUCAAGGGCAAGACUGAGAUCACGAUCCAUCCUCACUUCAAAGAUCUCCGCGUUAUCCGAUUGAACUUCCGACAAGGCGAGCUGAGGCGUUUGAAUGUCAGUGGGAAGGUACCGACAGUCAAAUAUGCCGACCCAUACGAGUCUCUUCAAAUGUACGGCCCUCAUUAUCACCAGCGCCUUUCGACCAAGAUAGAGGGACUGCUCAAAACUCCUCCGGAGCCUGAUCUACUGGUGACGAUACCCAAGAGCGUUCGGAUUGACGAACUGGAUCCCUCCUCGAUCGAAGCCCAGGAUCAAAUGACACUACGCGCUACGGGCUCUGCAGAUGAUGCAGAAGGGCCUCUAAGCUCCAAAGCAGCCGAGUCGUCGCUUCCACGAUUCACAGCACUGACGAUGUAUAUCGAAUUCGUCAUUGAUAAUAUACGGGAUGGGCUGCAGUUUGUCGGGUUAGAAACUGGCGACAGACGCUACCCCCACGCCUACACAACAAACUCUCUGGGAUACGGUGCCGGGUGCCCUCUUUUCCCGUGUGUUGACGAUCCCUCGUCGCGAUGCACCUGGGAAAUCUCAAUCAAGUGCCCUUGUUCCUUAGGCGAUAUGUUUGAUCGCAAGCCCCGAGACCACUCCGGCAUAUCCGGCUCCAGUCGCUCGAGACCAGCGGGGCAUGAACGAUAUAUCGCCCCGGAUGAUGAGACACUGGAUUUGUCUGUGGUCUGUUCCGGGGACCUGACGGAUGAGAUCAUCGACCCAAGAGACUCCACCAAGAAAACAGUCUCGUUCGCGUGCUACUCACCCCUCUCUGCUCAGCAGAUUGGGUUUGCCGUUGGCCCUUUCGAAUACGUGAACCUUUCUGAUUUCCGCGAAAGCGACCAAGAUGAACAGCUCGGUCUUAAUGCUAUCCCACUGCAUGCGUUCUGUCUCCCAGGGAGAGGGGACGAAGUCAGAAAUACCUGCUUUCCUAUGGCGAAAGCGAUUGACUUUUUCUCCUUGUCUUACGGUUCCUACCCUUUCGCUAGCUACAAGAUAUGCUUUGUGGACGACUCGCCCGAAGCCACGUUACCAACGGCUUGCUUGUCGAUCUGCAGCAGCCACCUCUUGUUCCCCGAAGAUAUCAUCGACCCAAUGUAUGACUCCACCCGCAGUCUAGUUUAUGCCUUGUCGUGUCAGUGGAUUGGCGUAAAUAUCGUCCCGAAGGAGCCGACCGACACCUGGGUAACCGUCGGCGUUUCUUGGUAUAUUACGGACACGUUCAUGAGGAAGCUUUGCGGCAAUAAUGAAUAUCGCUUUCGAUUGAAACAGAUGUCUGAUAGAGUAUGUGAACUGGACUACGAACGUCCGUCGCUCUACGACAUGGGAACCAUUCUCCAAAUAGACUCGUCUGAAAUCGACUUUAUUGCACUCAAGGCUCCGCUCGUGCUCUUCAUUUUGGACCGCAGACUGACCAAGGCGAGCGGCAAGGCAACCAUGUCUCGCAUCAUAUCUCGCCUUUUCCUGAAUUCCCGGAUGGGCGAUAUACCCAAUGGCGCGGUCACCACCUCGCUCUUCCAAAGAACAUGUGAGCGGCUUGGUCACGCCAAGCUGGAUUCCUUCUUCCAACAGUGGGUGUACGGUGCUGGAUGUCCACGGUUCCAAGCAACACAGCGAUUCAACAAGAAAAAGCUUGUCGUGGAGAUGAUGAUUCGGCAAGUACAGGCCGACGUCUCAAGUACGCGCGAUUUGGAUAAGAAUGCUUUCAUGCGGGAUGUCAAAGAAGAAAUUCGAGGCGUGUAUGCUGGAAUUGUCCAGCCGGUUUUUACGGGUUCCAUGACCAUAAGAAUCCACGAAGCCGACGGUACGCCUUAUGAGCAUAUCGUCGAAAUUAAGGAGGGUGUUACCAAGUUCGACAUCCCCUAUAAUACCAAAUAUAAGCGCCUGAAGAGGAACAAGCGGCAAAAGGAGCGUGCGGCGGCCGUAACAGGUAGUGACCCUAAUGCUGAAGUGCAGGAAGACGUUCUGCUUUAUUGUCUUGGCGAUGUUCUGCAGAGCGAAGAGGAGAUGAGUGAAUGGAGACUCACGGAAUGGAGCAAGGAGGAUGAAGACAAAAUGGGACAGGAGUCUUAUGAGUGGAUUCGCAUGGACGCAGAUUUUGAAUGGAUAUGCAAGCUUUCGUUGGCGAUGCCGGGGUACAUGUACCUUUCCCAGCUCCAACAGGAUCGUGAUGUCGUAGCCCAGCUGGAGUCUUUGCAAUAUAUGGCAAUUCAGCGAUCACACUCGCUCAUUUCCACCAUCUUUGUCAGAACGCUGAUGGAUCGGAGAUACUUCUACGGCAUACGGGUCGCUGCCGCCCGGGCCUUGGUGAAGCACGCAACGGAAGAGACCAAGUGGGUGGGAUUGUUCCAUCUUGAGAGAGCCUUUCAAGAACUGUUCUGUCUUCCAGGGUCCCCAAUGACUCGCUCGAACGACUUCUCCGACAGGGCAGCGUAUGUUCUCCAGCUAGUCAUUCCAGAGGCCAUCUCAAAGAUACGCGACGCCAGCGGCAAAACGCCGAUGCGGGUCAAGCGUUUUCUGUUUGACAAGUUAAAGUUCAAUGAUAACUCCAACAACGAGUACUCAGAUAACUUCUAUGUCGCGACCUUGAUGGAAUCGCUAUGCCAUGCCAUGCUGGGCAAAAUCGAGGAAUCCACAGAUGUCAUGGACGAUUUUGAUAUGGAGCGUGUGUUGGAGGCUCAGGCAGAGGAACAGUUGGAGAAGGAUGCCAUAGCCGAGCUCGAUAGGUAUCGUAGGAUGGACGAAUGGUCGAGCUCUUUCCAGAAUGUCUACUCACGGGCGGCUUUACGCUGCCAAAUGCGCCUCAUGGAGGCCAAGAUCUUGGAGCUUGACAUCAUGCAAUUCCUACCGUACACUCGCGCUGGAACGUAUGACCUGCUUCGUUUGGAUGCAUUUGAAUGCUUGGUCGAGCUGGACAUCUUCCGGAACCCGGAACUACUCCGAUGGUUCAUUUUCACGAUGUCGAGCGACUCUUCUGCUUGCAUCAGGCGCCGGCUUCACAGCCUCUUUGGAAAAGCCCUUGCUCCAGUUGCCUUCGGUCGCGAAGCGAAUACAGAAGCCCCCGCUACGGACACCGCCGAUAACCUGAUUAUCGAGCAAGAGUCCUCGACUGAGGUCCGUCAGGCCGACCUUGCCCGGAGACAAACAGUUACCGGAGCCUUGAGUGCCCUGAAGAAGGAGAUUUCCGGCGAUCAAGUGCUGAAGGAGUCUCUGUGGGCAGCGUGCAAUUCCCCUUGCAUUGGAGUACUCGAGCUCUCCGAAUUCACCGAUCUCUGUCGGGUUCUGUAUGACGCAAUCACAUCUCGGAUGGUCUCCUUGAAGUACCCACGCUAUUGGAGCGUGAAGCAUCUCGGAAGAGGACGAAUGCAUUUCUUCCGGUCGAACAAGGUUCGCACGACGCUUACACCAACCAAAGAUCCUACCGCUGCGAAACGCAAGCGAGAGGAGCAGGGGAUGCCACCUCCUGGCCCCCGUAUCACGUUCAAGCAAUCCAAGUUUACCUCCAGUGCUCCAGCACCCAGCCCGAAACCGACCUCGCAACAGAUUCCAAGACUUCAUCUUCCCAGUUUAUCAUCACCUGCUCCCCCGGCGCAGCCGAAGACGACGACUGCGCCAUCUACACCCUCCACGCCCAGUGGCGGUGGGUUCAAGUUGAAAUUGAAGUUCGGCCAGAAGCCGAAGUGAUCGAUCGCCUUUAUAAAAUUCUAGAUACCAAUUUCACUCGUGUAACUCGUUCUUCAUUGUUUGGACUAGGGCAGGGGGGGUUAGGUCAAGGAGAUGCAUGGCGCGGGGUUUGCAUUGAGAUUCUUGUUCUUCUUAAUGUCUCUCGGACGAUUUCUUUUAUUCUUUUAUUCUGGGUUAUCUCCACAGGGUAUCUGGUUCCGUGGGCUAUGCGAUUGCUGGUGGGAUUUGGGCAUUGGUUUGUUGCCGAGAGAUGAUAGAUGAUAAUAGCGGUCAUGGAUCAUUUCUGCGGGUCAAUAUACCCCCCCCUCCCCUGAAAGUGUCAUAUCUGGUCUUCCAGAAUGGCGCACGUAGGC